AUGUCUGCCGCCUCCUCGCGCGACCUCGCCGGCGUCGUCGUCGGCGUCGACCCCAGCGGCUCCUCGACCGCCAAGUCGGUCGACGUCUCGGCGCAGUGGAAGGCCGCGCGCGCCAACACGGCAAAGCACGGAAACCUCCGCCUCUUCUACCCGGAGGGCAAGCCCGCCGUCGCCGCCGUCUCGGUCGGCGAGCAGAAAAAGGCGCCCCACACCGGUCCCGACGUCCUCCCCGCCGAGCCCGUCUACCUGCGCAACGAGAGGCUCGAGCGCACCCGCCUCGCCGCCGCCAAGGGCGCAAAGGCCAUCCGCGACCUCGGCGCCGGCCCCGACGACAAGGGCGACGCCCCCGUCAAGAGGACCAUUGGCGUCGACUCGAUGGCCAGCCCGCACGCCGCCGCCACGGGCGCCAUCCUCGGCAUGUGGAACGUCAACCACUUCAAGACGCGCGGCAAGGCGCCCGCGUGGGGCAGGCCCGCCGACGUCCAGGGCGGCAACGAGAUCGAAAUAGCCCCCAUCGACGGCGCCGCCGACGUCGAGGCCAAGAAGCAGCUGCGCGACGAGUCCGACGACGUAAAGUCGAGCGUGCCCCUCAGCUGGCACACGGGCGAGGUCUACGCAAAGGCCCAGAACUGGGCGCGCGAGCUCAAGGAGACGCCCGCCAACCUCAUGACGCCCACCAUCUUUGGUCAGCGCGUCACCGCCGCCUUCAAGAACCUCCCCAACACCCAGGUCAUUGUCCACGACGAGGACUGGGCGCGCGAGCAGAAGAUGGGCUCCUUCCUCUCGGUCGCUGCGGGCACCGACGAGCCCGCCAAGUUUGUCGAGAUCCACUACAAGGGCGCCCCCGACCACGACGCCGCGCCGCUCGCGCUCGUCGGCAAGGGCAUCACUUUCGACACCGGAGGAAUCAGCAUCAAGCCCGGCGCUGGCAUGAAGCUGAUGCGCGCCGACAUGGGCGGUGCCGCCGCCGUCGUGGCCGCCACCCGCGCCAUUGCCGAGCUCGGCCUGCCCAUCAACGUCGUCUGCGUCACGCCGCUGACCGAGAACAUGCCCAGCGGCAAGGCGACCAAGCCGGGCGACAUCGUCAUCGCCAAGAACGGCCUGUCGAUCGAGGUCGACAACACUGACGCCGAGGGCCGCCUGGUCCUGGCCGACGCGCUGACGUACGCCUCGGAGAGCUUCAAGCCGCACACGCUCAUCGACGUUGCCACGCUGACGGGCGCGUGCGUGAUUGCGCUGGGCGACGUCUACUCGGCCGCCUUCACCGAGUCGGACAGCCUGUGGAACGAGCUCAAGGCGGCGGGCGAGGCCGAGGCGGACCCGUUCUGGAGGAUGCCCAUGGACGACACGUUCCUCAAGCAGAUUUCGACGUCCAACGCCGACCUGUGCAACACGGGUGGCAGGCCGGCCGGCUCGUGCACCGCCGCCAUCUUCCUCAAGCAGUUUGUCGUCGGCCUGGGCGAGCGCGGCGGCGCGGAGCCCACGGUGCGCUACUCGCACCUCGACAUUGCCGGCAGCAUGGAGGCCACUGGCACCACGACCAACGAGUACACGCCGCGCGGCCUGACUGGGCGCCCCGUGCGUGCUCUGAUCGAGUUUGCCCGCCGCCUGCCUACCCAGUAG